GCCACGAGACAGUCGCCCGGAGACGCGACAGUAGUAAAUCAGUUCAUUCACAGCGAAGGGAAGAGUGCGGGGCAGCGGCUGGGAUGGAAAUCUGACUGGCUAUUAAAGAACGGAUACUUUUUCCAUACACCAGGAAAGCGAGAAACGAAAGAUGUUUUGCCUGUGAAAUGAAUCUUGGAGGAAGUAAGAGCGUCUGGGACGGACUGUGAGCAUCACAUUUUAUCUGUCCGUUACACUGACUCUUUAUCUGUACAGAUCACGCACACGGGAAUAUGGAGUAUUUGUGAUGAUCAGAUUAUCCGACACAGUUUUUUUUGGUACAUUUUGGGUCUAGUUUGUAAAGUUCUUCAGUGUCUCCUCGCACUUCAACCGGAUUGUAGCGCUUUUGGGGUGAUUUUAGGGACUGUUUGUCCGGAUAAAGGCGACUGAAGUGGACUUUAUAUCGGAGGGUGAUGGAGUUUCGCAGGACUUUAGAUGCGCUGCUCGUUGUGUUUGCCAUCAUCUGCGUGUCUCAAGGAUCUCGACCGAGGCUGGAGGAUGCCGCUCCACGGAUUGUCGAACACCCCUCAGACCUCAUUGUUUCCAAGGGCGAGCCUGCCACUUUGAACUGCAAGGCCGAAGGUCGGCCGACCCCUAUGGUGGAGUGGUACAAAGAUGGCGAGCGUGUCGAAACGGACCGUGAGGAUCCACGCUCCCACCGCAUGCUCCUCCCCAGCGGUUCCCUCUUCUUCCUCCGAAUCGUUCACGGAAGGCGCAGCAAGCCUGACGAAGGGGUGUACGUGUGCGUAGCAAGGAAUUACUUGGGCGAGGCCGUCAGCCGUAAUGCCUCUUUGGAGGUCGCAAUUCUCCGGGAUGAUUUCCGACAGACCCCCAGCGACGUAGUGGUGGCAGCAGGGGAGCCGGCCGUGAUGGAGUGCAUCCCUCCACGAGGCCACCCAGAACCCACUAUCUCCUGGAAGAGGAACAAUGUGAAAGUGAACGACAAGGACGAGAGGAUAACGAUCCGUGGAGGAAAGCUGAUGAUCUCAAACACAAGGAAGAGCGAUGCAGGAAUGUAUGUGUGUGUCGGCACUAAUAUGGUUGGAGAGAAGGACAGUGACCCUGCUGAGCUUGUAGUGUUUGAGCGGCCCAUCUGGAGGAAAGAGGAAGGAGAACUGCCUCGGGGAAGGUUUGAGAUCCGUGCUGAAAACAGCCUGCGUCUUACUCAGGUGAAGGCUGAAGAUGAGGGCUCGUACAUCUGUUUAUCGGAGAACAGCGUGGGCAAAGCCGAAGCAUCCGGAACACUUCAGGUCCACGUGGGCCCAUCUCUUCCUCCUCAGAUCGUGGUGCGUCCGCGGGAUCAGAUCUCUGCCCAAGGCCGUACUGUCACUUUUCUUUGUGGAACGAAGGGAAAUCCCCCUCCCGCUGUGUUCUGGCAGAAAGAAGGCAGUCAGGUCCUGCUGUUUCCCAGUCAGCCACCUUCACAGUCAGGCCGUUUUUCCGUGUCGUUAAGCGGAGAGCUGACCAUUACAGAUGUGCACAGCGAGGAUUCUGGGUACUACAUCUGUCAGGCCAUCAGUGUGGCAGGCAGCAUCUUGACCAAAGCCCUGCUGGAGGUGGAAAGCACCCCAUCCGACCGGAUCCCUCCCAUCAUCCGCCAAGGACCGGCCAACCAGACGCUCGUUCCAGGCACCACCGCCCAAUUGCAGUGCCACGUGAUGGGCAACCCUCUUCCGAGCAUCCAAUGGGAGCGCGACGGCCAGAGAAUCCUGGGCAAUGACGAGCGCAUUAGCCUAAUGGAAAACGGCACUUUACAAAUCACAGCCCUGCAGGAAACGGACUCCGGGGCCUACACCUGUGUUGCCUCCAGUUUGAGUGGAGAGACGAGCUGGACCCCCGCUCUACUCCAAUCAGCAGGCAGUACAUGGCAGACGGUUGCAGAUUUUGUGAAAUUGGAGAAGCACACGGUCACUGGACUGUCUCCGAAUACCAUUUACCUGUUCAUUGUGCGAGCGCUCAAUGCUUACAGCCUGAGUGACCCCAGCCCCAUCUCAGAGCCUGUACGCACACAAGAAGUGAGUCCUACAGGUCAAGGUGUGGACCAUCGGCAGGUGCAGAGGGAGCUGGGAGAGAUGGCUGUGCAGCUUCACGAACCAGUGCUGUUGACAGCAUCCAGCAUGAAGAUCAGCUGGAAUGUCGAUCGUCAGUCUCAGUACAUCCAGGGUUAUCGUCUGCUUUAUCGUCCUGUCGGCGGCUCCUGGUCACAGCAGGAAGUGAAAGCUGCGACGGAGCGUAACGCUGUCAUCGCUAACCUGCUCAAAGGCACGGAGUACGAGAUUAAAAUACGACCCUACUUUAACAAGUUCCAGGGCAUGGACAGCCGCCCGCUGACGUUUCGCACGCCAGAGGAGGUUCCCAGUGCCCCCCCUCGUGCUGUAACCGUAGCAACAGUCAAGCUCAGCAACAGCUCAAGCAUCAGUGUAUCAUGGCAGCCUCCUCCCACUGAGAUGCAAAAUGGAGUCAUCCAAGAGUAUAAGGUUUGGUGUCUGGGUAACGACUCUCAGACGCGCUACCACAUCAAUCAGACUGUGGACGGGAACUUGCUGACCACUUUAUUAAAGGGGCUUCUACCCGGUGUGUUGUACCAGGUGGAGGUGGCGGCAGUGACCAGUGCAGGAGUGGGCACACACAGCCAGCCUGUAUCUGUGCUUAUCAAAUUGCCCGCAGAGCAGCCUACAGUCACAGGUGGAGGCAGCGAAUCUGACGAGAAUGUAAGUCUGGCUGAGCAGAUCUCAGACGUAGUGAAGCAGCCUGCCUUCAUCGCAGGCAUUGGCGGGGCAUGCUGGGUAAUCCUUAUGGGAUUCAGUGUGUGGAUCUACUGCAGACGGAAGAAGAGAAAAGAGCUCAGCCAUUACACAGCAUCAUUUGCAUACACACCUGCGGUUGGUUUUCCGCAUGGAGAAAGUUCUGGACUUAAUGGAAGGCCUGGUAUGCUGGGUGCUAACAUGGGAAAUUACCCAUGGCUGGCUGAUUCUUGGCCAACUACCAAUCUUGUGCACAACGGGAAAGACUCAGUGAACUGCUGUACAUCUAAACAUGACACCCCGGAGAGAUACUAUAAUGAGGCGGGAAUCUCUAAUUACCUUAACCAAAACGAGAAGUUCAGCACAGACUCCAAUGAAGGCCCCAUCUACAGCACCAUUGAUCCCACCAGCGAGGACCUGCGCAGUUUCUCUGCUCAGUACUCUCAACAUACCACUCCUUACGCCAGCACUCCCAUCAUGCCUUUCACCAACCAGGCGCCCUGCAGCCCUGAACAAGAUGGGAGCCACUGGAUGACUCAGCCUGGAACCUCCAAUGUUCAGUAUGCCCAGCCAGAGCGCUCCAAGACUGAUAACGUAAAACAACCAAAGCAGAAGUUGAUGGGGAAGCCAGUGAAAACGCCAUCUCUCAAUUGGAUGGAUGCGUUGCCGCCACCCCCUCUGUCUGGAGAGCUGAACGAGUGUGAAGAGGAAGAUGAUGAUGAACUAAUCCAGGACAUGAGGUCCGAUGAGGAAGAGUGGUGUCCUCCUCUCCCGGAUAGGACUUACCUCAUGGAUGGUGUGAUGGAGGACGGUCCCGCUCCUCCUCCUAGAGGAGAGGCUUCUUCCCCCACCACAUCCUACAGCCACCAAUCCACCGCCACCUUAACCCCAUCUCCCAGAGACGAUGGCCACUGCCACGAUAUACCACGACUACAUCAGCUCGAACAGCCACAGAUAGCACGUCGGUUGCCGUGUGGACCAGUGCCAGUUCCGAGAGCACCAAGCCCUCCUCUAAUCCAGUCCAACCCAAACCUGUCAGCCAAUCAGGAGUGCCCUGAUGACACUGUGCCACACCGUUUAGCACAUAAACGGGACCCGAGACAAGGAGCUGCCCAAAGUGUAGAGAACAUCAGCAACACCACGCCAGGUCGAGCGAGGCCCUCUGCAGACCACAUACCUCCUGGGCAGAAGUCCAAGGUGAAAAAGAAAACCUCCAAGAGCGGUCAAUACCGAAGAGAUGUACUGCAAGGUGAUCUGCCCCCUCCACCAGAGCCGCCUCCUGAGGCUGAGGUCGACUGUGCUCAAGUAGGGGGAUUCGAAUGUGGGCAGACGUCCCUCGAGAGAGUGGGCAGCUCCCAUUCCUCCAUGGAGAGAAGAGAACAGAGCACACCCAAUCGGAAAAACUCUUCUCAUAGACGGCUCACAGCAGAAGAUGAUUUAAUUCCUUACAACAAGCCCAACUUCUUGUCUCGGGGUCAGAUGUCCAGCAAUUGCUCCACAACAGGAAGUUCAUCAUCACGGGGGUCAACAGGAUCACGAGGACACGGAACGGGCAGGAAGAGAAAUGAUGAGAUGAGAUAAGGGAAGGCUAUGAGACGCAGAAAGUUUUACAUGGAAAUCCCUCCGUUUUCGUUCGGAAGCUGAAGAGAAGAACCGAAGAGAAAUGGACGCAUGUACAGAUUUCAGAGCGUGAUUCUGGGACUUUUGAUUAUGUUAUUAAUUAUUGUUAUUGUUAUUUAUGACCUUCAUGGGGGCAUUUUUCAUCAUGCUGUCACUGUAAAUAAUCAUCCGCUGAAGCUUUUUACAUGGGGUCCAGAUGCCAGGAAAGAAGAGUAUAUUGUAUUUAUACAUGAAAGAAGAAAUGAAAUCAUGUUAAAAGCUCUGAUAUUAUAGAUAAGUUAAUGUCUGAAUGUGCCAACCUCUUGUAGAAAUGUAUACAGCAGCAUUUCAAAGCACAAUAAUAUUGCACUCUUGUUGUGUUGGAGAACAACAACAAAAAAAAUAAAAAAAUAGAAAGCACAAUAUGUGUUGUUUGACCAGCCAGCUAGACAGCCAGCCUCACGCCCUAACUGAGUCUCCGUCUGUGGAUCCCUGUCCUUGCGGUCACAAGAGAAUGUGUUUUUUCCCCCCAUUUCUUUUCAAAGCAAGAUGGUUUGUCAUUUGACGACUGUUGUGAACGAUUGUACUUGUCUUUUUUUAAGGAGUGUUUUGGAGAUCGUGAGGAAAUGUAUUUCAUUCUAAAAACCAAAAUUAUGUUUCUUUGACUAACUUUUUGGUAGUCCUUGUUGUUUUGUAUAAAUAAAAUACAUUUG